UAAUUUUGGUCUACCAAAUAAGUUAAACGAUGGAAUUCCAUUCGUUUUAUGCUCACAACUUCAUACGUUUAUUGAUAUUUUCAUUCGUGUUUCAUGGAACUAGAUAUUAAUGUAAUUUUUACGUUGAAAUAUGUGAACUCUGUCAACCUUUGUACCUUCAAGGUCCGAUUAGUGAGUUACAUUUGCAAUGACAGGUGUGUGGUGUGAAAAAUACGUGCUCCUGAUUUUAUUGUUUUGUGAACUAGAAAUAUAAAAUGAAAUGAAGGAAGAAAAAUUGGAAGACGAUUGCUGGACAAUAAUAUCUACUAACACUUGAUGACUGUAUAAAUGGAGAUUAAUUAAGUUCUGUUCCUGCCUGGUGCAAUCAUUUCUGUGAAUAAGGGGAAUGAGAUAAAUAUAAGAAACUUGUAAUCAAACAAUGUACAAUGAACUACAAUGGAAAUAUGCCAGAUUGGCACCAAUUUAAUGCAUCGCAAACAAACGAAGUUACGUCUGCUACACAAAAUGUGAAUUCUGGUCAUUUGGCAUUCAUUCCUGGUGUUAGUCCACCGACAUUGAAUGCACUUAGUCUUAGUUCUGAGGGCCUUAGUAAACAUCAAAAUGAUACUAAUUUUAAUUCAAGAAAUUAUCAGUCGUUCAAUAAUGUCUCGAGUGGGGCAAACAUUUCGAAUAAUAGCCCUCUUGUAUCUAUGGCACAAAUGCAAAAUUGCAUUAGCCAUUAUACUUCUCCAAAUGCAAGAAAUCCCAUGUUGGAUAACUUAAACUCUUCUGUGGAUCCUAGAAAUACUGCAAUCACAAAUAUAAACGAUGAUAUGGGAUACAGAAGUAAUCAGGUGCCUUUUAAUGGGCCUAUGGGUCACUUAAGUGGACCAAGUUGUAAUCUAAAUACAACUUCUGGACCUAUACCCGGGCUUGGAUCCCGAACUAAUUCUGGACCAGGACCUGGAACUGGUUCUGGAACUGGCCCUGGAACUGGAAAUGGACCUGGAGCUAGUCCUAUGUAUGGACCUGGUCCUAGACACGGAUCUGUAUCCGGAUUUCCACAUGGAUCAGGUUCUGUACCUACAACUAUGGGACCAAGAAAUACUAAUAUGGGUUCAAUACAUUCUGGAAAACCUGGACCCCCUUCGUAUAUGCCUUGUAAGGGACUCUGUUGCAAUUCAGAUCCCAAUAUUAAUUAUCAACAAUGGGAAAAGUUUGGAUCUUAUCAAAAUAAUACAUCGUAUAGGGAUAAUGUACAUCCAUCCAACUACCAAAUGGAGAACAGACAUUUCGGAAGUAAUUGUAAUUUUAGGAAAGACAAUCUAGAAGGUAAGGAAGCAAUGGGUUCUGUGGUGCCUAGUGCACCUGUUGUGGAUCACCGAAGAAACUAUACUGAUUACAAGUACCAUAAAGAUCAUUUAUUACAUAGAAACUAUUCAACGUCUGCGGGAAUGUUUCCCAACUAUCCUAUACAAAAUUACAACUACUCAACAGAACAUCCAAAGUACCCUUAUCCGGUGAAAGAACAUCCGAAGACUAAUAAUAUGAAUAUUCCAAAUUCAGGAAUGUUGAAACAUUCAGAACAAAAUUUUAUACCUCAACAAAAGUAUAAUAACAAACAAUUUCAAUAUCAGAAUGGAAAUAUGUUACCUAAAGCGAUGCCUGCUGUAAAUGUUAGUGGAAAUAUGGUUCCAUCUUCACAAAAUGGUUAUUUCAAUUCACAGUUUACAAGAAACAUUCCAACAGAAAUGUCUCAUGAAUGUCAAGAAGCUACUGACAAUACUGCUAAUAGACUAGCAGGUACUUUUGUACACAACUCUCCUUCUCAACAUCAGACGUAUCAACAUAAAAUUGCAAUGCAAAAAUUUUCAAUGGAAAAUCAUCUCAGAGAAUUAAGUCGAAUACCUGGGUAUCAAUCGCAUUCAAAGUACAAAGAGUGCGUUAUGAGAUACAGACAAUUAUUGAAAUUACAACAAUCAACUAAUUAUCAGAACCCUGUUCAAACAUCACGAGUACCAACACCAAUUAAUACUGCAGUACCACCAAUUAAUUUACAAUUCGACCAAAAUGGUAUGUUGAUCAACUCCAGUUAUUUGCCGGAUGGUAUUCCUAAAUUGCCACAUGCUCCAACUACAGAACAAUCAUCAGAGAUUAUGGAAAAACAAAUUAAAAAUCAGACUUCUGCAGCUAAUGAAAAGUGUCAACAAACACAACAAUCGGAACACUUAAUGAUUCCCUCGCAAAGUGAACAUAUUCCUCCUUCUUGUGUAGAGAGUUUUCAAAAGCAAGAUCAAUAUUCGGUACAGAAAGAUUUUAAUCAAAAUCAGUUGAUAGUACAAACAAGUGACAGUCAUAGUUUUGAUACUUUAAAUACCGAUAACGAUAAUAAAACAAUAAUGCAGCAGAAAACUUCUAAAGAAUUCGAUAAUAAACCAGAACUUGACGUUCGGCAGUUUUUAGCUAAUUGGGAUGAAACGGAUGAUGAAGAAGGUACGUCAAAUUUACCAGUCGCAGCUUUAAACGAUACAACUCCUGUCGUAGUCGUUAGCUACGAGAAUGUGGAUCUUUCAUCGAAAACACUACAAAAUUCGGAGAUGUCUCAAAGGGACAAUUUUCCUUCGAGUAAUACUAUAUUAAACAAUGAUAAAGAGGCUGAAGAAAACAUAGCAACACAAGAUUGUUUAACAAUAUCAUAUUCGUCUUCAGAAGCUACCACUGAUGUCGUCGACUCUUCUAAACAAACGAUACAAGAAGGUGUCGUAAAGCCUGGGAGUAUAAUACACUGUAUAAGUAACGGACCUGAUGAAAUACCUACCAUACAUAUAGUAGAUAACUUAGAAAUAAGCAACAUUUUAGGUGCGUCCAACGACCAAGUCAUAGAGACAUUAGAGAAACAGAAGACAAUAUCAUUUUUCAGAGAAACAGCCAAUAAUAAAAGAAAAGGAGUAAUGCUUGAGACUACUGAACAACACGACAAAGAUGAAACUCAUUUAUUGUCUGCAGAUUACGAUGAUGUAGCCAAGGACACUAAUAUUGAAGAUUCUAACAUUUCUGAAACAAUUCAAACAGCCACUGCUUCGAUAAAUAAUCAAGAACUGAGAGCUUUAUCAUCUUCAACAAAGAGUAAUUUGGAUGUUACCAAUAAUCUAGAGUUAAAGAAACAAAACAGUUUUGUUAGCGAAGAAUCACACAAUCCUGAUGACAUAAGUUUACCAGACCUUCCAACAUCUGAGUGCACACCAAUAUCUACAACUUUAAAUACUCCUAUACACUCUGAUAGCGAGGAAUCUUCACAAAAUAUGGAAGACUUAUCUAUAUCCACGAAUCCAAUAGAAGUAAUGCAAAACAGUCCAGUAAUUAGUUUCACACAGUCUCCAGUUAAAAUGGAACCAUAUGGACAACUAAAUAACGAAGAUAAGCUUAAUUACAAAGGUGACAUUAAUAAUAUCCAUGAACAAGAAGCAACUUUUGAUAAUUUCCCUUUUACUACUGACAAUGCUAAAGUAAAAUCUCUUGAGUUAACUAAAGAUAAACAAGCGAAGAGUUUUGGAACAAGUUUAAUAAGAAAGAAAGUGUACUUAAUAGAAGGUAAAGAACGUGAUGUAAGGGUUUCGGAUACAUGCGAGGCAUUAACAUCAAUCGCAUAUGAACUGGGAGUUCAACAGGAGGCAAUAGACAGCGAAAAGAAUACAGAUUACGAAUCAUCAAAUCUAACACAAGAAGGGAAACAGAAGAGGAAGAAAAAAUUAAUGGAUUCAAUAAAAUCUGUCGGUCAAAUUAGUAAUUCACUGGUUGAUAAAAAUAAAUUGGCGCAUACUGUUGUUUCAGUUGCUUCUAAUGUGAAUUUGGUACAUCCUAUAGGACUUGACAAUGAAACUCAAUCGUCUAAACAUGAAAAAGAUCUCUCCAAAAAACAGAAAAUAAAAAAUUCAAAUAUAUCUGUAGAUACAACCAAUCCACUUCUUUCAGAAGUUGAUUUAAGUGCAGGAAAAAGAGUAAAGGAAAACAUAGUUUGCGUGGAUAAGUAUAUAAAUAGAAAUAUAAAUGGGGAUAAGCUAAUGAAAGCUCAUAAAAAGGAUGAAGAAUAUUUAAUGCAAUCAAAACAUUCCGACAUUAAACUGUUUGUUAGAGAUGGUUCAAUUUCAUCUCAAGAUGAAGAACAAUCUGUGUGCCAUAUGACUUCUCAAUACAAAAAUUAUUCUAUAGCUGUGAUAAAAGAUACCAUUACUUUAAGCGAUAAGAAAUCACACGGCACUGCAGAGAAAACUAUGAGCAUUAAUUGUGAAAAACCACAUGAAUUUCAAUUACGAACAAACUGUACGAAAGAUCUUUUGGAGGAAGUAGAAAUGAAAAAAUAUUCGCAGAACUAUAAAAGGUCUGAAGUAACGCAAAAGGAUCUAGAUACCUUAGAUGAAGACACUGGAUAUACUGCAGGAGAAAUGCGUCUGUUGAAUGAAUAUAACGGGAAGGAUGAUAAACUGCAUCAAAAUAAAAAUAUGGGAGAUAAGUUGCAGAAAGAAAAUGGUAAUAUUGAUAAAGCACCCAUGGAGCAAAAUGUAUCAUCUCAGAUUACUUCAACUUCAGAUAAUUUGGAUGCACAAGAGAAGACCACAAAACUUAAAUAUAAAAAAAGCUUUGUGAAAAAUACUAAUUCUGAUUUUGGGAUCCAAGUUGCAAACGUAAAUUUAAAAUUUAAAGAUAGUGAAAUUGGGAAAGAACUAAUCUUUGGAGACAAGGGGCAGGAACAUAUAAAAGAUACUCUGGAUAGCAUAAAAAUAGAAAUAAAUGUUUCCUGCGCAGAAAGAAAUUUGAAGGGUCACGAGCAGAGCAAACGGCUUUCGUAUGAAAUCGAUGAUUCUUCUUGUAGCAAUAUAUUGGAUAGCCAACAUCGAAUACAUUCCACUGAACAGGAAAUGAUAAAUAGUAAUUUUGAUAUAGUUCAUAAAAUAAUUGAAAAAUCUUCCGUGGCUGGUGACAUUACCUCAAAUGAAAAGGACCAAACCACAAAUGAUACAGCAACAUCGGUUAGAGAUGCAAAUAUAAGUACCAUCCAUAAAAGCAGUGAAAAACCUUCGUCGGAUAUAAAAGAUGAUGCUUUUCAGUCAUGCUUGACUUCGGAUAGUCAAUCUGUUACUAAAUUAUUACAGAAUAAUACAUCAAAUACAAACGAGAUGAAGAGUACUAACUAUUCUUUUAACGUUGAUACGAUCAAGACAAAAAGUGCAAUAUCUAAUACUGCCAUAACUGAUGUGAAUAAUAAAUUGUUAAUUAAGACAAACAAUAAGUUUGAGGAGGAAGAUACUUUUAUAAAUAUAGAAGGUGAUCGUGCAGUUCGAACACCGAAUCGGUGUUCUAAUGUAGCAGAGUGUUCCUCUCAAACUGUAGUGGAAGCAUUUAAAAAUAAUGAUGAGAAAAAGGUGGAAAGUUUACCUUACAUGUUGAAAAGUAUAAAGAAGCUACCUGAUAUCAAUUUUAUAGAAUUGAACUCAAAAUCGUCGAGCUCCUUAAAUGCUUUAGAUUUCACUUUUGAUAAGCUGGACUAUAAAAAGUAUUUAGGAGUAAAAACUGGUGAGUUAGAUGAUAAUUAUAUAAGAACGUGGAAGAAGCCAAAGAUAGAUCACCUUUUUGAAGACUGUGGCAUGUUUCAAAGUACCAGUGGGUACAUAAAUCCUAUUUUCUCAAACAUAGAUAAAUCGGAAGAUUUGCACACAGUUCCUGUAUACACUACCAAAGAUGGAAAAAUAUCUUAUAGUCCUAAUCGAAGAUUCACGUAUCACGAAUUAAUGAUGGAGACUCGUAGCCGUGAAACAGGUUGUUCUACACGAAAGUCUCACUAUAUGAAUACUUUGGACAGUCAUUACAGCUCGAAGUUCCGGAAAUUUUGCAAAAAGAAACGGCAUCAUGGUUUCAGUGAUAAGAAAAAACAUGAAUAUAAAGAUACAAAGUAUCUUUAUGAACAAAAGAAAAAUUAUUUGGAAGAUUUCUGUGGGAAAAAUCAUGUUAAGUGCAAGAACUAUGUACACGGAUUUAAAAAUACCAAUGCUGUUUGGUCUAAUCAUUCUAAAAUAAUAAGAACAUGCAGUAGCAGUGAUUCCGAUGAGGAAAUUGUAUGUUAUGCUAAGAAUAUUGUUGCUGAAACAAGUGAUUACAGAAAAAAUCAUGCUACAGAGAAUAAACCAAUUACAGUUGUUUCCAAAUCGCAGAAAUUAGAAUUAAUCACAGAUAAUUCAGACUUGGAAAACAAACACAAAAGACAUACAAUAUCUGAUACAUGUUCAUGUAAGAGUAAUGAUACAUCUUUUAAAGAAACACAGCUGGUUCAAUUUAAUCGCCUUGAUAAUAACAAACAAAAUGAAUCUGUAAAUGAAAAGGACAAUAUAAUAUCCUUAUUGUUAGACAAAUCUUGCACUUCUGAAAAUCUUCAACCCAGCAAAGAUAAAAAUUUAAAUGAAGAGAGUGUAGAGUCAGGAAAUAAUGAAAUUGAAGAUAUAAACGUAAGUAAUAAUGACGAAACAAGUAUAGAAAGAAAUAAAAUGUGCUCAUUGAGUAAAAGUGAUCAGGUCUUUCAUUCAUGUAUCUCUGAGAAAGCAGAAGAUAGUAAAAUACAUGAUUCAGAAAAUCCUGUACACUUUAAAAACCAGAGACAAGAAGCUGAUAUGGAAGUGAGAAAUAAUCAAAGUCCUAUUUUAAAAAUUCAGAACACUUCUGAGGAUAAUGAUCAUACUGAAACCUUAGUCUUGGAAACUAAUCAAAAUGAAAAAUUAGUGGGCGAAACUGAUAAAACUUUUACAUCGGAUGAAAUGCCAGAAGACACUUUAGUAUAUGAAGUAUCUAAAAAUAUAUCCACUGAAACUACAGAUAUAUUGCCUAAGAGCACUAAUAAAGGAAUAAAUGACAAAGAACACACUAAAUUUGAGAAAAUUAUUAUUGAAAAUGAAACAGAGUUCGGUCAAAAUAUAGAAAGAGUACAAACUGUGAGUGCAAGUAAAGAACAUGAAGAAAAUAUAAAUAAAAAUACUGAAGAAACUAUUGUAUCUUCAGAAAGAGAAAAAAUUGACCCAGAAAAAGAUAUUUCAAAAGCAAAUAAUGUUAUUUGUACAGGACAGGAGGUAUACGAAUCUCAAAUAGAGUUGAUAGAUGCAACAACUAAUCAACAAAACUUAAAAUGUGUUACUACUGAAAUAUUUCAAAACAAUGAGACUGUAACUACCGAUCUCACGCAAGUAGAUAUUGUAACGGCUAGAACGUGUGUUGAUUCUACUUUCACAGACUUUUCAAAAACUACUUUUCACAUUGACGAAAAAUAUACUGUUAACAAUUCACUGGCAUCUGUUGAAAAUACUGCAAAUUCUAUUGUAUCAAGCAUAAAAGAAACUUCAAUGGUAUCUUUUGAUAACUCAGAGGAACAUUUGAAUGCUAGCUACCCUGAUAAACUUCAAGAUGAAUAUAAAAUUAGUCGAGAAUCUUCUGUGGAAAAUGAAAUGCCUAUUUUAAGUAUGUAUUGCGCAACAGAAAAUUCUUCAACCAAUGAAACUAGUAUAAAUAAGGAAACAGAUACUAAAGAAUAUGAACAGAAAAAAGAGGAAUGUCAAUUAUCUUCUCUCGAUUCUUGUCCAAAUCAAGAUUUUAAUCAAACAACUAAUUCAUCACAGGGUAACAUAGACAUAAAAAUGAUACCUAAACUCGUUAUAAAGAAAACUGAUGCUUUAAGUUCUAAAAUAGAAUGUUUAUCGGAUUAUACAGAACAUGAAAAUUCUUCUAAUAAAUAUGAUACAAAGCUAUUAUCCGAUGCGCGGCCAAAAAUACCUAAAAUGAUAAUCAUGAAAAACAGAUCUCGUUCUGCGACUCCUACAACUGAAAUCGUAGAAAAAAGUAAAUCUGAAAGAAUUCAACCCAUUUUGUCAGAUCAUAAUGAUAACAGCAUGGAUGUGGAUAAUAGUGAUUCCGAAUUAUAUACAUUAAAAUACAAGAAUUAUGAAAACAAAGUUCCCAAAGUAAAAAUAAAAUUGGAGGAUAUUUCUUCUAAAGAUUUGAAGCUAUAUUUGAAACGCAAGGCUACUAAAAGCAACGUUUCAAAAGUGAAGGUGAAAAAAAUAAAAAUUCAAGAGAAGAAGAAUUCUACAACAAAGUAUGAAACAGAAAAUAGUUCAGACUCAGAGGCUAGUGGCUCUGAGAAUGAUGAAAAAAUUAUGCAGGAACCACCAACCAACGAAACUGAGAAAAUACCAAAAUUAAAAUUAAGAAAGCAAGAUGAAGAUAAAACCUUAUUAUCGGAAAGAACCAAAGAAAAGGAUACAAAUAUUUCAAAAGCUAUCCUCAAGAAAACUAAGAGAACAAAAGAAGAAGAUGCCAAGCAUUGUAACAAUGAUGAAAUUAGAAAGAAGUAUCCGCAAUGCAUUACUGAAAAAAUUCCGAAAGUCAUAAUAAAGAGAACACAAAUUGGUGCAGAAUUCAAGUGCGAAAUUAGAAAAGGUAAAAUGUCUUCGACUGUUGAUAUAUCAAAAUGGCAACCAAAAGUUAAAUUACAAAGACUAAAAGCUUUAGAUCACCUGGCGAAGGAUAUAAAGCAACCCAAACUUUCAAUAAAUAAUAAGUUAUAUGUUAAAGAUAAUACUGAUGAGAAAAAUUCGGAUUGUAAAGUUAAAUUAUGUAGAUCUAGUUCAGCAUCCCAUUUGUCACCUAUUAAGUGUAAACAGAGAAGAUUCUCUGAUCCUGAUUACAUGAAAUUGGAUAUAAAAUCAACAGAUUUUGUCAGCAUUGGUUCAAAAGAUGAUAAAAGUAAACUAUUAGAUGUUAAUGAAGUAUCUAAUCUCAAAAUAAUUGAUAGUGAGAAUAAAAAUUUGAAAAAGAAAGGUAAGGAAGACUUACCGUUACAAAGUAAAAGAAUAAUUAAUACUUUGAAUGAUGAAAGUGAAAAUGAAAUAAAAGAAAUAGAUAUAACUGAAAAUGAUGUAAAGGACUCUUUUGAAAAUCAUUUAAUAAAAGAAGACAAUGAUCCAUUGGUUGAAAGAAGGAAAUAUCCAUCCUUUGGGACCAAGGAAAGUAUGUCUUUAGGAGAAGACAAAUGCCUACUGUCUAAUAUUCUGUGUUCACGUAAUUUUGAUGACAAUGAUAAUUCCAUUAUCAAAAUUGAUUCUUCAGAUGAAAGCCAAACUACUAUAGAGCUUUUACCGGCAUCUCCAAAUAGCAGCGACGAUGAUUCAAAGAACCGUGAGUUUGAAAGUAUAACUAAAGUGCAUUUAGAAGAUGCCAUACCAACUCAAUUGGAAUUAGAAUUAGACCUUAUUGAUAAUAGGAGUGCACAACAUACAGAUACACUUGCACCAAAAAUUAAUAUAUUAAACUGUCUAAACAUUGACAAAUAUGAAAAUGCAUCACAUUCCAAAGAUACAAAUGUUAACAAAGGAUUAACAGAAGCAUUUUUCAACCAUUUUCAACGUUCUUCACAAAGUGCCUUUAAUGAAAACAAAAUACAAAGUCCAAAAAGAAAAUCAAACGAUUACUUUUAUUGUAAUGACUUAUUAGUUAAGGAAGUCUUAGCUGCUAAGGAAACACUGAAAAAAUGUUUAACUCGAUCUGUGAAUGAUGAUACGGAAGAAAGGAUACUAAGAAGCAAAACGGUAGCAGAAAAGAAACAAGGUUUAAAUUUCAAUUUCAAAAAUUUAGAGGAAUCAUAUAAAUCUGACAACAUGCAUUCUCCGAGCACGGCAAAGAAAGAAUACGAGCAGAUAAAUAUUGAAAAAGUUGAAGAAAAACAUUCUUCUAUAGAACAACAGUUAAAAUUAGAAAAAUCAACGGAACAAAAAGAAACGUCUCACGAAUGUCCUAUGACUUCUACAUGUGGAUAUACUAGCGUACCUGAGUCAAGUACAAUUUCUUUAAAAACAACUAAGAAAUUUGGUCAAAUUACAGUAACUGAAGAACCUUUGAAUGUAGAAGCUAAUACAUGCAAUCUCUCCAACAAUCUCAAUAGCCCACAAAAUGUACCUAAACUUCCAGAAAAAAAAUCAGAAAAGAAAACAAUAAGUACUAUUCAAGAUCAGAAAGACAAUGACAGUUCAAGUGAAACAAAGAUAAAAGAAGAUAAUAUGCCAUUAUUAGUGCCAGAAUUUGCUUUAAAUUUUGAUUCCAGUUCUGAUAGAGAUAGUUCUAGAUCACCGCCAGUUAUUACAAAUCAAGAAGAGAUUCAUAAUGCAUUGGAAAAUGUGAAAGAUCUAAAGAAUAAAGUAAUAACUCCAAUUGAAAAGAUAGAGGAGAGUAACAAACAUUCCUAUAAAGACUGUGAAAUGACCAUAGCUGAUAUUAUAACGCAACUAGCUUACCAUGAGAAGGCAACAAUAAAACAUAGAAGAUACUGCAAUUUGUGCGAAAGAUGGUUUCCUACAACGUCACGACAUCGGCGACAUUUAGCUGGUUAUCAACAUCGUUACAUGGAAUUAACACAACGCAAAAGUAUUCAUGCUCUGUUCAUUCUGUUUACUGGAAAGCCUUGUCCAAGACUUCUGCCGGCGAACGUCAUUCGCAACGACUGUUCUAUAGGAGAAUUAACGCCUCUACAAAUUGCUGUACAGGAUGUGGCAAACUAUGUUGAACCUAUACAAGAUCUUAAAACGAUAGAAUAAUAGGAAGAAGUCACUGCAAAUUAUUAUGGCUGCGUACGUAUGUUCUCUGUGAUCGCCUAUAGUGGAACAAAUGAUGUAAGUACCUCUAACGAAAAGUACUAUAAAUUGCAAAAAAAUACAAUUAUAUAAUAUUUUUAAUCUCAAUUAAAUUAUACAUGUUCAUUGUAUAAGUACUACUACAGAAAAUUAACAUCUACGAACUUUGCAAAAAUGCGUUGUUGAAUGAUGUUAAUCGUUAAAAGUUACUUGAAAAAACGUUAUUUUGAGUAGUUAGGUAUUUAGCCAAAGAUUUUAGCUACAAAGUACAUAGUAGAUUAUUUAUAGUUUUCGAAGACUAUCAGUCUUUUAUUUGUACAAAUAAAGUUAUGAAUAUUAUAAUCCAUAAAUGUGCUCGUUAUGAAUUCUAAUUUACACUGUGAAAAGACUUAUGUAUAUGAUGCAUAUAUAUAUACAUGCAUAUAUAUAUAUGUAUAUAUUUACACUCCUAAGGAAAAGACAGCACACGUGUGCUGUCUUUCAUUUCUCGCAUUAUAAUUAUGGCAUAGGGAAGGUGCAAAUGAUACAUAAAAACUACCAUCUACUCAUAUGUAAACAUAACUUUUAUUGACUUUUCUUCAACAAAUUCUCUUAGUAAAAAUAAUAAGUAAAAUAAUGCGAGAAAUUGAAGAUAGCAUGUGUGCACUAUCUUUUUCUUUGGGAAUGUAUGUAUAUAUAUAUGUAUGUAUAUUUGUUUAUUUAUUAUUACUAUUGUUUUAAAAAUGCUAUGUACUCUUGCAAUGUUAAAUAGACCUACAAAAAUAUAUACAGUUAUAUUUGUAUAAAAUUAUAUAUAUAUAUAUAAAUAUUUUAAGUGGGAGUAAUUACUGUAAAGGAUACCUAUAUUUUACGUUAUAAUACAAAUCAAUGAGCUAUGAGAUGUUGUGACCUUAUCUGAUAUAAUGGGAAACUGCAAUAAAAAUAUAUUAAAUUAUUCAGUUAUGUUUUAAUCGUUCAAAACAUAUAUAUUUCACUUAGGUUAUUUUAGUUACUAUGAUUCUGAAUCAAAUUCUACUAUUUACAUAUCAAGGUAGUUUAAAAAUAUACAGAUUGUGUUUUAGAAAUAUUGAAAUAGUCACAUAUAUACAUCUAUUUGUGUACAUACAUUUAAAGAAUUAUGAGUUUACAGACUUACAUUUUUUUAAUAUAAGUACAAUUUUAUUUAUAGAAAAUAUCAGUUUUGUUUUGUAAAGAAAACAUUAAUUGGCUUAAUAUCUCAUAGCUCGUUAAAAAGUUUCUAUUAUGCAAAGAUACAUGUUCACUCCCUUAUCUCUUGUUUCUAUUUUAUUCAAAAUAUUGAAAUGUGCCUAAUGAGUUACUGUUUAUAUAAUAAUGAAGUCUUAAAUUGUUUUAACUAUUUGUUCACUAUUUUCCUUAUCAUUAUAUUAAUAUAUACAUAUUAGGAAUAGGAAAUGUUCUUAGAAUAAGAAUAAGUUCCUAGCUAUAGGAAGAAAAGUGGUAUAGAUUUAUUCCUUGUUAAGAGGCUAAAAAGUAAGUGUUAGUACAGGGUCAACAUAGUACAUGGACAAUCAUUUCAUAGUUUUCUGUUUUUUAAUUUACAUUCCAAAGAAUAAAGUUAUAUCGAUUUACUUCAUUGGAAUAAAAUAUAUAGUUUAUCAUGAAAUUCAACCAAAUAGAUGAAGUAUAUAUAAGUCUAUCAAUUGUUAUUCGACUUAAUGUUUUGUUUCAUAUGUUUGUUUUAUCAAUUUCAUAUUUUAUUUGCACGAGUGCCUUAAAAUACACCUAACAGUAUUUGUCGUAUCAUGUUAUAUAUAUAUAAAUAUAUAUAUAGUAUUAAACAAAGCUAUGUAUUUAUACGCACUCUAUUCUAGUGUGUAUUCCUAAUGAUCUUAAAUAAGAUGUGUGUAAUGUACAUUACAAUUAUGAGAAUAUGUAAUCGCAAAUGUACAGUGUAUUCAAUGGAAAUACAAGUACCUCUCUAUAAAUUUACAAUUGUAAUGUGAGGAUCAUAUUAAUAGGUGCAUCCAAAUGAUCAUAAUGUACAAUAAAAGAUUUUCUCAUAAUUGAAACUUAGUUAUGCACAAGUUUUAUGAUAUCAUUGUGUGUUCUAUGUGCCUAAAUUGUAAGGAAUUUAUAUACGUUUCAACUUCAAAUGUGCAUAAUAUUGUGAAUGUACAUUUAACACAAUAUAAAACUACAUCACAUGUAUAUUUUGUAAACGGAAAAAUCGAAAAGUUUUUUUUACAAAUAUUGAUAGCUAUGCGAUAAAGGAUUGUAUUUGGCGACAUAUGUACUGAGUUGUAAAGGAGACUUAAGAAUUUUAUAAUAUUUCUGGAGUGGAUACAUGAUACUAUUUAAUAGAAAUGCAACAAAAUUGCAUGUAUAACAUUUCAUCAUCCAAUAUCAUAAUACUUAUGUUUGGACAUUUAAGUUCAUUUAUUUGAAUAUAAUGUAAUUAUCAUAUAAGCAUAGAAAAUGAGUAUAUUCUUGAGAAAUCAAAUCAUAUGCAACAUACAAUUCUUUUAGAUAAACAAUGGAUUUUUAAUGAAUUCACUUGUUGACUUCCAUUAAUAUAAAUUAAUAUAAGAUAGCACUGAUUUAAAUAAUUAAAAAGAAGUGUUUCUUUUAUCAACAUUACAUUUGAAAAUUUAGCUUUGUAGCAUAACGUAUAAGGAAAUCUAGAGAUGGGAAAAUAUAAAAAAGUUGAAUCAGUGUUUUGUUUAAACUAUUUAUACAAACUUUAAUUACAGAAAUUUCUUUUAGUUAUGUAUCAAAUUACUUAUAUGUAAUGUUAAAAUUUUCAUAUAUCGAUAUAAUGUCCAUCUGUUUGUAAAAGAUGAUGCAAUUGUCCUUAUAAUAUUCUAAUUGUUGGACUUUAAUUUAUAGCUUUUUAUAUUUUUAAUCUUAUAUUUCAUACUGCACAUUAGACACAAGUGAGAUAGCACCAUACAAAUGGGGCACAUCUGUAUAAUGAAUUGGGUGCAAUUGUACAUUUUUACAAAGUUUAUAGUUGUUCAUUCCAUCAAAAAUAUUGAUUUUUAAAAUGGUUGUUAGUUCCAUGAUUUUGAAAUAAGUAAAUAAUUUAUAUAGUUCUCCUAAUUUUAUACACUGUGUGGGAAUAAUAUAGAAUAAUUGUGUGACAUGUAAUACACUAAGUUGCAAAAAAGUUUUAGAUCUGUAACAUGUUCUCAAUUGUAAUAUUACUAAUAGAUCUGACUUAUUAUGAAAAGUUUGGAAAUUUAAAUUUUGUAGUGUUACAGAACAUAAAAUAAUUGUAUUAUAAAUUACAUAAUUGUUUAAACUUAUAUAGAAGCAAAAUUAUGAAUAUGUCAGAACUAUUUAAAUUUUCAUAAAAAUCGAGAAACUGAAAAAUAUUGUAAAAAUGUUACAUAUCUAAACACAGAACCAUUCCAUAAAACGAAAUAAAAAGUUUUAUCAAUAGACAUAAUGAUUAUAUGAAUCAGUAGAUUAUGUUGUUAUUGUACUUAGGCUACAAAAUGUAUACAAAAUUCUAGUUAAUAUAU